UCAAUUCCUGCGCUCCAGGAAUUCAGCGACAGGGAUUUUCACUCCGGGUUAUUGUUAUUGUCCGCAGAUCAGCUGUUAGAGUUGAUUGCUCUUUGGUUUUCAUCAGGAAAUCACAUGCUGUUGCAGAAAUUCACGUGACAGACUGAGUUAUGGAGGUGGAAAUCAAUGAAGGUUCUGUACCUCCCUAUUACAGGGAGGUGUAUGAGGCUAUCUGCUGUAAACAGGAGGAUCGUGUACAAACAGAUGUGUUUAAGAGGUUGCUGAGCAAGACAGACCUGUCAGUCGCUUUACAGAAUCAGAUUGCAGAACAUGUGGACUGUAAGCAGGGUUUCCUGUCCAAACUGGCACUGUACAAAGCCCUGGCCCUGAUUGCGCUGGCUCAGCAAGGGAAGCACCCGAGCCCCAAACUCUUGGAAAACUUCACCCAAGAGUUUCCAAAGCCCAAUCUGGGAGAGCUGAAAGAUCUACAAGCACUAGGAAUGCAGCCGGCCUCUCGAAACCCUCUCUUCCUCUCACAGACCCUGGAUGAGCUGCUGGAUAUCGACACUGUGCAGGUGGAGCUCAUUCCUGAGAAGAAAGGGCUUUUCCUCAAGCAUGUGGAAUACGAGAUCACCAGUCAGCGUUUCCAGGUUUCGGUUUACCGCAGAUACAGUGAUUUUGAUGUGUUUCAUGAUCUUCUGCUCCAGAGGUUUGCCUACAGAAUGGUGCCAGCCCUCCCACCCAAAAGGAUGCUAAAAGGAGUCUUGACAUCUACGACCGACCGGGAGUUUAUUGAGGGUCGGAGGACAGCUCUCAGGCGUUUUAUUAACCUGGUGGCACGACACCCUUUCUUCUCAGAGGAUGGACUCAUAAAAAUCUUCCUGACUUUCAGUGGUUCAGAUGUACAAAACAAACUACGUGAGUCAUUCAAGACAGCAGGGGAUGAAUUCAUAACAUGUAAAAUAGCAACACAGGCCAAGGAAUACCUUCCAGGCGAUAUCCAAGCCAAGUUUUCUUCCAGCAGGGAGAUGAUCCGAAACAUCUUCAACAGCUUCCAGAAGCUGCGGGACCAGGCGGAGAGGAUGGCUGUGCGCUCAGUGGAGAACGCCACGGAUCUGCUGAUGUUUGGGAGGGAACUAAGUGCCCUGGGCUCAGACACCAUGCCAGUGCAAUCCUGGGCCCCCACAAACAAGAACACAUGGGGCACCAUGAGGCAGUCUCUGAAAGGGCUCUCUGUGGAGUUUGCUCUACUGGCUGACAAAGCAGCACAACAGGGUAAAAGAGAGGAAGAAGAUGUAGUGGAAAAACUGAAUCUCUUCCUGGAUUUACUAGAGUCAUAUAAAGAUUUAUGUGAACGGCAUGAGAAGGGCGUUCUGCAUGAUCACCAGCGUGCGCUCCAGAAGUACAGUGUGAUGAAGAGGCAGAUGAUGAGCGCCACUGUGCAGAGCAAAGAGCAGGUGUCUGUGGAUCAGCUGGAGUCCCGCAUUGUACAGCAAGAGAAUGCAAUUCUUACCAUGGAGCUUCGGAACUAUUUCUCCUUGUUCUGCCUUCACCAGGAGACCCAGCUGAUCUACACUUACCUUCAGAUUAUUGCCUAUAUCCUGGAAGCCUUUGUCAAGUCCCAGAUACAGGGGCACAGGGAGAUGAGUGUAGUUUGGCUUGACCUUCAGCCUAAGCUGAGUUGCUUGUUUGGGGCAUCAAAUGGAGUGCUACCCUCCCCACUGACACCCCAGCAGGGCAACUGGAAGCCUCCAAAUGCCUUUCCAAAUUAACUGGUGAAGGUGUAGACAAUGCACCCAUCAACAAAGCAAAGCUUGCUUAUAAUACAGUGAGCGUCAAGAAAGCACAAUGCAGCAACAACAGCGAUAGGAUAUUAUUCUGUAAUGACAGACGCUUGUAUCUAACAUUGUACGUAUUCUUUUCUGAACAUACAGUACAUUGCUGAACAAAUGUUUUAAUUGCAAACCUAGUCCAAGGAUAAGCUCAGGAUAAUAAGUGGAGAAAAAAAGGCUAUGUCAGAUGGUGACAUAACCCUAUCCUGACCAGGACUUAUUUCUGACCAGAAGUAAUUAAGAAUCACAUCCAUAAUCUUUGGAAACUCUGUAUACGUAUAAGUGGAAAAUAGUUGGGUACAGGGCUCGACUUUAAUCUGUUGCACCUAAGCUCUUGCAAGCUGACCACGUUCUUGAUUUGUCCUGUUCUGGGGUCAUGUAUUGCAUUUGGUAUAUCUUGAUAAACGGUAAAACUAUUUCAAACUGGAUUUUCAGUAUUUUUAUAGUCUUCUUUACAAGUCAAAAUGACCAUGUCUUAAUUUAUAAUUCAACACUAACACAAAUACUUUAAAUGUUGUACUUCUUAUAAGCUUAGAUCAAACUAGCAUACAUAUGUACUAUAUUUUCUUUUCUUUAGAUUGCUGUCAAAUUAGGAUUUAUACUAAUCACAUCACAGAAUAAGUAUUUUUUUAAUAGCAUAUCAGUACAAAGACACGUGUAUAUAAUCCUACAUGAGGAUUCAUAACUCUUAAAUUGUGACACUGAAAGGAUUUUUUGGCUGUUAUAUUAAACUCCUAGUUUUCAUAUUUUAGCCCAUGUUGAUUAUUCAAUGUGAGACUUGCAAACUGUGAAGAGCUACAUUUGAGCUUAGUGUUCAGGGAAUGUUUAGCUGUUUAACAAAAAUGCUAUUGCAUAGAAGCCAUAUAGAAAAUAUUUAAGUAGAGUGUAAGUAUUUUGUUAUAAUGUGGAUCUGCAAAGAAAAUGGGUAGUAAGUUUUGGGAACAAGGGUUAUUCUCCUAUAAAGAUAGAUUGAAAAAAUGGAAAUAUUUUGUUAACAUUAGUCCCUUUUAGAGUAGCAUGCUAGCUAUAUGCCAAAGAUUGAAAUAUCCAUAAAUGAAUCCUAAUAUUUUGGGUUUAAAAUAAAUAUGGGUCUGAUUAUCAAAGAAGCUGAAGCUGUUUGUGCAUGAAGAUUAACUAUGUGAUGUAUUUAGUUUAGUUCUUGGUGCCUUAAAGACUCAUGAGGAUUGUGUCAGUUUAAAACUGAACUGAGUGGUUUUAAAAAUCAAUAGGCAUCCAGUUAUCAACUGGCCAUUGACCAAUGCUAAUUGCUGUAUGAGGAAAAAAUUCUAAAAGCCAAAAGUCAAUCUAAGUCUAUGUCUUUUGUCGAGGUGUAAUCCAGCUAGAAUAAUGUAGCCUAUAACAGAAUACCUGUAACUGAAUACAAGUUUAGAAUUUAUGCUAGCAUACCAGCUACUGUUAUCCAGCGUUCAGUGCUUGCUUUUGUUCAGUUUAAGGUGCUGGAAUGAAAAAGCAUAUUAUAGAUGGUCAUCUGACCACUUGACAGUUUAUGAGAAAAGUCUGUCUUUCAUUACUUUAGAAUUUCAAUUUUAAGUGCAUUCCUAAUUCAUACAUAUCUGACAAAAUGUAAAUUGGCCAAACAGAGGAAUAUAAAAUGGGUAUAUCCUUGGUUUGUUUUUUUCACCCAUGUAAAGAGCUUACAUUUGAGCAUAUGCUAUAUAAUGCAUACUGCCAUAAUUGUCAGUAAUUAUAGAGUAAAACAAACAUUUUAUUUUUUUAAACUGUCACUUUUUGUUACGCAAGGAAAUAUUACUUUGUUAUUUUCUUUCAAUUGCUUCAUCCAAUGUAUGUGCGGUAUUUGUUAGAAGUAUGUGUUCUGCCUUAAGAGACAUGAAAAUGGGUGUGUGCUUUUUGCUUGUGAUUUUAUUAUUUGUUUUCUGUUAAAACCAAGCUAGUGGUGUUACUGGAAUUGUGCCAACUGUAACCCCCUCUGUUGUUGUAACUAGGGAAUGCAUGUAUAAGCUUGUAAAUCACUCCUUAUUGUCGUAUCAUUUCCGAUUCAUAGAUUUGAGAAAAUUGUAAAUCUAGAAUGUUGGAAAAAGAAUAUGAAAUGUUUGGAUCUUUAUUGACAGAUGCAUUUGUCAAGUGAUUGGUUUUGUGUGAUAAAUAGCACUAUUUGGCAAUUAACAACUAAUGAAUUAAAAGCUGAAAUGUG